CAAACUUGUAUUUUUGAACAAAACAUUUGAAAAAUAUCUGGUCAGGUUCUGGUCAUCACAGGGCUGCCACAGGGUCCGACACUGCGUUUCUUACUUUUCUUUGGUUUCUAGGAUGUCUGUUAACUAUGCCUCUGGCCUAUCUACAUAUGAAAAUAAAGGGAAAGUCGGCCUUCCUGAAACAUUUGACAAUGAUGUCACACUGGAAGAUAAUGUUGCAGCAUUAGAGAAACUGGUUCGUGAAAGCAAGCACAUUGUUGUGCAUACAGGAGCCGGAAUCAGCACUGCUUCUGGUAUUCCAGAUUUUAGAGGUCCUAAUGGUGUGUGGACAUUAGAAAAGGAGGGUAAAUCCCCAACUGUGGAUGUGACAUUUGAGAGUGCCAAACCAACUCUCACCCACAUGGCCCUAGUAGCCCUAGAGCAGGCAGGCAUGGUGAAGUAUGUUAUCACGCAGAACAUAGAUGGGCUCCAUAUAAAGUCUGGUUUCCCUCGUAAUCGUCUUUCUGAACUACAUGGGAACAUGUUUAUAGAAGAAUGCGACAAAUGCAAAACUCAGUACAUCAGAAGAACCCCUGUACCCACAAUGGCGCUGCGCCCCACAGGAAAUAACUGCACCCAGGUCAAGCGUAGGAAUAUAUGCAGGGGUAGACUUCAUGAUACAAUACUAGACUGGGAGGAUGCCUUGCCUGAUGAAGAUCUUGAUAAUGCUACAACUCAUGCAAAGAAGGCAGAUCUCAGUAUAUGCCUGGGAACCUCCCUGCAGAUCAUACCUAGUGGGAACUUACCUCUCUUGGCAAAGAAAAAUGGAGGCAAACUCGUCAUUGUGAAUCUCCAACCAACCAAACAUGAUAAAAAAUGUCACCUAAAAAUUCAUUCAUAUGUUGAUACAGUUAUGUGUAAACUAUGUAAGAAACUUGGUAUUGAUAUUCCAACAUAUGGUGGGCACAAUCCAAGACUCCAGUCCGUGCAUACUGUAAAAGGUGAGAAAUACAAAAGAGGAGUUGUUAUAGCAACAAUGGAUGAUGUCAAAGAUCAUAAACCAGAAAUUAAAAACAUAAAGAGAUUAAAAGAUGAGAAUGAUGAUGGUGGUUAUGAUGAUGAAAAGAAAUGUAAAACAGAACAAAGUACUAUGAUACAUUUAAAUGGAACAAUGAAAGAAACUUUAAAAGUAGAUGAACAAAAUGUGUUCAAAAGUGAUGUUAAAAUAGAGGCAACAGAAAUUGUGUCAUAGCUAUAAUAUUCAAUGAACAUACCUCAAACUGUGACAUUGCAUGGCCUCUCCUAAACCAACCAACCACACCUGGUAUACUGUAGUAGUCAAUCAUGUGACCUUUAUUUUUGAUGUUGCG